AAAAUUGAAAUGACGACAACUCAAGCCCUGACACUUGAUGAGUUGAAAGAAUUCAAAUUAAUUAGAGUCCUUAACGAAGAUCCUCGUACAAAAUCCAUAACAUUUCUUGGCACUAUUCGUACUUCUCAAACUAAUGAAUCCCAUCAAGCGAUCCUUAUAUUUGAAAAGCUUCAUUUUGAAAAUUCUGAACACGAAAUCUUGACUGCUCAACGAAUUGAUCAAUUGGUUGCGUUAGAUAAAAAUGAUAUCUAUCAUUGGUACAAAGGGAUCUUUCAUAAAGAUAAGAAAUGGCCAGAUUUUAAAAUCAUUUUGAUUUGGCCUGCUACUGAAACACAACGUUACUUGAUUCGUGAAACUCCGCAAAUUUACGAGAUGUUUGUGAAACCGUUUAUCAAAUCAGUUCCUGCAAGCAGAAUUCAGUGGGUUUAUAAUAUUCUACAAAAAAAAAGUGAAGUUGAAAAGAUUAUUUUUGAAGUUGAUGGUGAGGAAAAAGGGUUUAUCUUACUUCCGGAUAUGAAGUGGGAUGGAAAAACAUUAGAAAGCUUAUAUCUUGUAGCAAUUGUACAUAACAAUGAUAUUAGAUCCUUAAGAGAUCUGAAUGACUCCCAUUUACCGUUGUUAAAAAGCUUGAGAAAUAAUAUACUUGAAAUCGUGCCACAACGAUUUCCUGGUGUUGGAGCUGAUGAGCUACGACUGUUUGUACAUUAUUUACCUUCUUACUAUCAUUUUCAUGUUCAUGUUACCCAUCUUCGUCAUGAUACCAUUGCUGGAGGUAUCUCAAUCGCCAAGGCUUAUUUAUUAGAUAAUAUAAUUGAUAAUAUCGAAACAUUUGCUGGUGAUUAUUAUCAACGAUGUACGCUUACAUAUGUAAUUGGUGAGAAUGAUGAAUUAUUUCCAAAGUUAAGUGAAGUAGGAGCAAGAGUUUCAUUGGAGGCUUUUAGAUUAUGA